AAAAAAAGAAAGAAAAAAAAAUAGAAAAGAAAAGGACGGUGCCCUAGAUUGAAAAGCCGCCACACAUGUUUUUAUGAGGACUUAGCUGGAACAUUUGGAGGGGCGGCAUUUUUCUUUGCUGGGAGAUUUUUUAUUGGCUUAGAACGUUUUUGGAAAAAAUGGGAGGUGCUUGGAGGAAGUUUUAUAAACAUGUUCAGCAACUUUCCAGCAGCUGCAUGACCCAAAUUGAAAAGCACCUCACGGCCUUGUAAAAAGCACAUGGCCCAGGAAGCAGCACGCUGGCAGCAGGGCAACACAACUUAAUGUCCAACACAUUUUCAGGCAACAUCUUCCAAUUAAAAGUGGAAGGCCCAGGAGAAUGUUGAUAAGCUGAUCCACAUCAUAAAACGCACACAACCCUAGGGGAACAUAGUCCCUGCAGCCGCCACCUAGAAAAGGGAACACAGAUUAUUCCUUGAAAAAAAAAAAGAAGCGGCCACACUCACAAACUUAGAGAUGGAGGGAUGCGGCUGAAGCAUUGCAUUCAAUAGCUCUUCCAUUUUCAUUUUGGGAAUUGAGACGUCUUGCAAAAGUUUUAUGGUUUUGCAGGUGAAUGCCCACAUAGACAUUUGGAGGACUUCUACAUAUUAUGCUCAUUAAUGAAACCUCCUGAUGUCCCGGAUGAAGACAUGUUCUUAAGGGCAUUUCCGCAUUCAUUACAAGAAGCAGCAUGGGGUUGGCUGUAUUGUCUUCCUCCACGAUCCGUCACCAGUUGGGAAGAUCUUACGCAUCAGUUUCUAGACAAAUUCUCCCCUGUGCGGUAUGGUUAUAUCGAUGAUCCUGGGAGGAAUGAUCCUAACUUGGGAUGGUAUGGUACUUUACAGCAUCAAUAUCAUGAACCAUCACUCCAGACUCCUUGUAUGCCUCCACCUAUUCAGGAACCACAACAACUGCAGUUUCAUGAGCCUACCCAUUCUUUAUCAGCUGUUGGUAGGAAAUGGGGAAGCAAACUUGAUUCUCUUGAGAGUUUGGUGACACAGCUGACAUCCAACCAGAGACCAACACCUUCAUCUGCAUCUGUUGCACGGUUGUGUGCUAUAUGUCCUUCCAGCAACCACUCUACGGAUGCCUGUCCUUCUUUGGACCACCCUGUUACUCAUGAUGAGCCUCAAGCUUAUGCUACCAACAUGUACAAGAACAGGCAACCACAACAUAAAAAUCAGAGGAAACAACAACAGCAAAAGGCACCUGCCAAAUCUUCUACUUCUACUUCUUCUGAGCCUACAUUGAAUGAUUUGUGGAGGCAGAUGGUCGUGCAGUGCACCGAGGAACAGUCUCAAUUUUUAGAGGGAUCACCAUUGCAGACUGUUCCAAUUCUUGAUGAUGUCAGUGUCAUCCAUGUAGGAGAUGGGGAGCAGAGCCACAAGCUUACUACUGCGCCAUCUACUUCCCCACACUCCUAUGCCUCCCCUCUUGCACUUGAGGAUGCAGUUGCUCAUUCUGCUAUUACGGGUGAUAUGAUUCAUGAAUCAACACAGUUGAAAUGGCGUCCGGUAACCCAAAGUGGCAGGUUCGAAUGUUUGUCGAUUCAUAUGUCAUUAUUGAAAUGAAUGGGUUACUGAGAAAAGUGCAUGUGGAACGACUUGAAUUGAAGACUUGCUUCGUUGACGAAUGAGUUAUUUGAAAUUUGUCAAAUUCCAAUUUUGAAUGAAGAUGUGUUCCAUGAAGAAGGUUUUGGUGGAGGUGAUGAAGAAGGUGUGGGUAGAAGUGCCGAGGAUGUGUUGAACGAAGGUGUUCCUAGAGCUGCAGAAGAUGUGUUGAAUGAAGAAGUUGUUGGUGGAGGUGAUGGAGAAGCUUUGGGUGAAGGUGGUGAAGAAGUGUUGAAUGAAGAAGGUGUUGUUGGAGGUGAUGAAGAAGCUCUGUGUGGAGCUGCUGAAGAAGUUGGUGAAGGAGUUGUCUUGGAUGAAGAAACCGGAAAGGAAAUUCAUAUGUUUGUUCAAAUUGAUGAUGAUGGUUGUAGGAUAGUUGUCCUGUGUUCAAAUGUAGGAUAGUUGUCCUGUGUUCAAAUGUAGUGAACAGAUCGUACAAAUUGUUUAUGAAGACUGUGUAUUUUUAAUAUUU